CCAAGUUACUUAAGUGCCUUAGCCAGGAUCCACUGUUUCAAUUACCUCCACCCAAUCCAGCUUCUGGGCCACCACCGCGUUUGUGUAGCCUCGCGGCGCCUCGUAGUAGUCAGCCAAAAGUUCUAAUUCUCCUUCAUUACCUACCAAGUAGUAAGAAAAAACUUGGGAUCUUCAUCACCCAGCGAAUGCACUCGAUAUCCUUUACGAUCCAUCCCUUACAUGUCCGAUCCAGCCAUCCCUAAUAUUCGUCUUCAUACCGGACGCAGAGCACCCUCUUGCCCUGUCCUGUGCGUGGCCUGGCCUGGCCUCUCCCUUGCGCUGCUCCCACUACCCUUGGAGAGGCUUGAAAACCCAGCGCAUUCUUUUCAACCAAAACCAUUUGUCGAUUCGGCCAUCAUCCUGUCGCAUUAGGAUUUGCGAUCCUCCCCGGCCUCGGGUUGGUGGUGACCCAACCACUGUCGUUCAGCUUCCCUCCCCCCCUCCUCCUCCCCCAUUCCGACGUUUGGAUACAUUGAAACUAUGGCAUCUGAACAGGCUCACGGCGUGACGCCUCCCAUUUCCGUUCAACUCCCAACGGAAGCCGAGCUGCGACAAUCGGACGCUCUCCUGGAAGAAUUGAAGCGUCAAAAGACCUUCGAGAGUCCCGCAGAGACUGCCAAGAGAGAAGAAGUCCUAGCCUCGAUCCAAACCAUUUGCGAUGCGUUCGUCCGUCGAGUCGCCCAGGAGAAAGAACCCAAGAACGAGGUCCUCAUACGGAAUGCGAGGGGCAAAGUCUUCACUUACGGCAGUUAUCGCCUCGGCGUCUACGGCCCCGGCUCUGAUAUUGACACUCUCAUCGUCGCGCCGAAAUACGUGACCCGCGAGGAUUACUUCAAGUUCUUCCCAGAUCUGCUCCUCUCGAUGGCCCCCAAAGAUGCCAUCACUGACAUGGCUGUCGUGACUGAUGCUUUCGUACCCAUCAUCAAGUUUGAGUACUCUGGCAUAAGCAUUGAUUUGAUCUUUUCUAGGGUUAUUCAGAAGCAGCUAUCUCCCGAUUUCAAAGACCUCAAAGACUCCGGCCUGCUGCGCGGCCUGGAUGAGGCAGAGCUGCGAUCUCUCAACGGCACACGAGUAACGGACGAGAUCCUCACGCUUGUCCCCGAACAGAGCACAUUCAAGAAUGCCUUGCGAGCCAUCAAGCUGUGGGCGCAACGGCGUGCUGUCUACGCCAACAUUAUGGGUUUCCCUGGUGGUGUUGCUUGGGCCAUGCUCGUCGCACGCGUCUGCCAGCUCUACCCAAAGGCUACGUUCUCGGUGAUCGUUAACAAGUUCUUUUUGGUUAUUAGCCAAUGGCGCUGGCCGCAACCCGUUCUCCUCAAGCCCAUUGAGGGUGGGCCUCUUCCUGUUCGAAUCUGGAACCCCAAGCUCUACAAGGGUGAUACCUAUCAUCUAAUGCCCGUCAUUACUCCUGCGUAUCCAUCUAUGUGUGCUACUUUUAACAUUACUCGUUCGUCAAUGGCGAUUAUCAACCGAGAACUUAAGCGCGCUCUUCAGAUAUCUGAGAGCAUCAUGGUGGGCAAGCGCCCCUGGAGCGAUCUUUUUGUCAAGCAUACCUUCUUCACCGCAGGGUACAAGUACUACAUCUCUGUUACCUCAGCAGCGAAGACAAAGGAGGCCCACACGAUCUGGUCUGGUUAUGUUGAGUCCAAGGUUCGAAUGCUAGUGCAGAAACUUGAGCAACACCAGUCCAUUGCUCUAGCUCAUGCCUUCAACAAGGGUUAUGAACGACAACACCGAUGUCACAAUCAGGAAGAGAUCGAGGCUGUGCAGGAAGGGAGCCUCGACUAUCUAUGUAAAGAAGACACUGGGCACACUACUGCUGUCAAGAUUGAGCCCGCAGUCGCAGAGCUACCAAUCAAGGCUGAGAACGGGGAGAAUGGCCUGCCUAUCAAGUCUGAGAAUGGUCAGGGCGACGAACAGGUCAAGACCGAGAACGGUGAGAAUGAUCCAGUUGUUAAGCCUGAGCCUACAGAAGAGACUGGUCCUAUCACAGCCGUGCCUCUCAAACCUGAGACACUGGAUGAGUCCAAACCAACAGACACUACGACGGCAAGCGGCCCAUCCGACAUCUACACAACUACUCAUUAUAUUGGCCUCGAGUUGGCUUCUGGCGCCAAAUCACUUGAUCUUUCUUACCAGGUUGAUGAGUUCAAGGAACUUUGCACCUCGUGGCAGAAGUACAAGGAUGAUCUGAAAGAUGACGUCUCUAUUGGCGUUCAACAUGUCCGAAACUUCAACUUACCAGACGAUGUAUUCGACGACGGCGAGAAGAAACCCCAGAAGAAGGCUGCAGCUAAGGGCUCAGCCAACGGCAAGAAACGGGGCCCCCCAGAGGUAUUUAAGCAUCACCGGGCGAAUUCCCAUUGCCGGCCAAGAUGCGCUGUUCCAGAUGGCACAUCCCUCCCAGCUAGGGUAUACUAAUCCUUGUAUAGGAGAAUCCUCCCCCAGCGAAGAGACAGCAAGCUUCGGUUGCCGCCGCAGGUUGAGCACGAUAGCAUGCUUCGCAUUCCACAUAAAGGUUGGCUCGGAAGAGCUUGACUACAACUCAAUUGUGCAUCUUGCACUAUAUUAAAACAAAAAAAAGAAUCAAGAAUAUCGGCAAGUCCAUAAGUGGCUGGACGAUUGGCAUGUGGCUGAUCACGUAACUAACAUAAGAUAAACAAAAAAGUUCGCUUUCAACCAGACUGAACUGCAUCAACUACCAUGGUAAGUUGGCAGUGCCAGCCUGAUGUGUUAAUGCAUUACUGGCGGCGUUAUUUGCGAUUGGAAGAUUGAAUAAUCUACAUUAAUAACAGCAGAAAGUGAGAGAGACAGAGAGGCACGUAGUAGUGCGGGAAGGGCAGCUGGCCAAAUCAGCAUGUUGUGCUUCGCAGCAACAUAUUUCCAAACUGGGAGUUGUCUAGUCGCCGGGUCGAUAACGUUAAAAGACCUCCAGCAACCUCAUAUUAUAUCUGUACCUAGGAAAUGGCCAUGCUAGAUCAAUACAAACUUUUUGAGGCUCGAUGAGCCUCAGGAGAUUUGCUCCAAAC